AUGUUAAAUAAGUGCAAGUAUUUGUUUAUUUGUGGUGCAAUCGCAUCUGGAAUUGCAAAACUAACAAUAAAUAGCAGCAUAGGAAUGCUGUUGAAAUAAUAUGGCUAUCAAGUGUCAUUUUUGAAAAUCGAUCCAUAUUUAGUAUGAAUCAAUUAAAAUUUAGAACAUAGAUGCAGGGAUGAUGAAUCCUUAUGAACAUGAUGAAGUUUUUGUUACAGGCGAUGGGUAAGCUAUAAAAUUGACAUUUUUGAGGAGAAGUAGAUUUGGAUAUUGGAAAUUAUGAAAGAUAUUUGGAUAUUGAGGUAUCUUUUUAUAAUAGCUUAACUAGUGGGAAAUUAUAUUAAAAAAUAUUACAGUACACUAUUUAAGUUAUAAAAUAGAAAGGAAAGAGAAGGACACUAUUUAGGUUAUCCCUCAUGUGGUUGACGAAAUAAAAGUUGGAUCAGACAUUUAACAACUGUACCACUGAGGCAUGAUGCUGUUGAUAAACCAGAU